AGCUAGGCAAAGAGCCUCUCUCAUCUAUGAUGAACAUUAUUAAAAUCUCAGUCGUAAUUCCUUCAUGGUCCCUCCUCACCUCGCUCUACUUAUAUAUAAACACAAGCCUCCGAGAACCUUAACUCCCUCGCCCUCACCCAACUUGGUGACCUUUUCCCGUCUCUUCUCGAUCUCCCCAAUCAAAAAUGGCAACUUUGCCUCAAACACAAGGGGAGACCAUUCCCGAUGCCUGGGACUACAAGGGUCGCCCAGCUGAGAGGUCCAAAACUGGUGGUUGGGCUGCUGCAGCCAUGAUCUUAGGAGGAGAAGCAUGUGAGAGGUUAACCACGCUUGGAAUCGCGGUGAAUCUGGUGACGUAUUUGACGGGUACGAUGCAUUUAAGAAAUGCUGCUUCUGCAAACAUAGUAACCAACUUCCUCGGAACCUCAUUCAUGCUCUGCUUGCUCGGUGGCUUCUUGGCUGAUACUUUUAUUGGAAGAUACCUCACCAUAGCCAUCUUCGCAACCGUUCAAGCAACUGGAGUAACAAUCUUGACAAUAUCAACCAUAAUUCCGGGACUACACCCUAGGAAAUGCAAAGACCCAUCCACACCUUGUGUACCUGCAUCAAAUACCCAACUCAUGGUACUAUACUUGGCGCUAUACACAAUCGCCCUCGGCACCGGAGGCCUCAAAUCUAGCGUCUCAGGCUUCGGCUCCGACCAGUUUGACGAGUCGAACAAAGGGGAGAAGGGACAAAUGACUAAGUUCUUCAACUGGUUCUUCUUCUUCAUAAGCAUAGGGUCCCUUUUGGCUGUUACGGUUCUUGUUUAUAUUCAAGAUAACUUUGGCAGGGACUGGGGUUAUGGUAUAUGUGCAUGUGCUAUAUUGUGUGGAUUGGUUGUGUUCUUGUCUGGAACUAGAAGGUACCGGUUCAAGAAACUGGUGGGGAGCCCGCUGACGCAGAUCGCGGUGGUGUUUGUGGCGGCAUGGAGGAAGAGGAGGUUGGAACUGCCGUCAGAUUCGUCGUUGCUGUUCAACGUUGAUGACAUCAUCUCUGAUGAAGCAAUCAGUAAGAAGAAGCAGAUGUUGCCUCAUACCAAGCAGUACCGAUUCUUGGACAAGGCUGCAAUUAGGGACUCAAACACCAUCGGCGGCGAAACCACGGCGGAGAGAAAAUGGUAUCUAUCAACCUUAACCGACAUUGAAGAAGUAAAAAUGGUUUUAAGGAUGUUGCCAAUAUGGGCCACCACCAUCAUGUUUUGGACAGUCUACGCUCAAAUGAGCACAUUCUCAGUGUCACAAGCCACCACCAUGGACCGCCACAUCGGAAAAUCGUUCCAAAUCCCGGCGGCAUCACUCACCGUCUUCUUCGUCGGAAGCAUACUCCUUACCGUCCCCAUCUACGACCGCGUGGUUGUCCCAAUCAUGAGAAAAUCACUCAAGAACCCGCAAGGCCUGACGCCUUUGCAACGUAUCGGCGUAGGGUUAGUACUCUCAAUCUUCGCCAUGGUUGCAGCCGCACUCACUGAGAUAAAGCGAUUAAGGGUCGCUGAGUCACAUGGAUUGGAUCAUGAUGAUGCUUCUAAUAAGGUGGUACCGUUGAGCGUGUUCUGGCUAAUCCCUCAGUUCUUCUUUGUGGGGUCAGGAGAGGCAUUCACCUACAUAGGUCAACUAGAUUUCUUCCUAAGGGAAUGUCCCAAAGGGAUGAAAGCAAUGAGCACCGGUUUGUUCUUGAGUACCUUGUCCUUAGGGUUCUUCUUCAGCUCCUUGUUGGUGACCAUAGUGGACAAGGUCACUGGAACCCGAAAGCCAUGGCUCGCCGACAACCUUAACAAAGGGAAACUCUACAAUUUCUAUUGGCUAUUGGCUACUCUAAGUGCUUUGAACGUCGUGAUUUUCUUACUAUGUUCCAAGUGGUAUGUUUACAAGGAUAAAAGGCUUGCCGAGGAGGGCAUUGAACUUGAGGAAUCAGACACUGCUUACCAUGCAUAGCUUUUGCUUUAUUUAUAUUAAAACUCAAAGCCUAAAAUUACCAUUGUGGUUGUGUUAACCAUUGAUGGAUAAAGAAGAAAUUAAAGAAAAAAAAUAUGUAUAUGUAACGGCCACAAUUAUCCCUGUAAUGUUGAUAGGAUUGAUACCACGUACAAUAGCAGUGUUAUAACCGCAGUUACAGUUGCGUAAUCUCGUACCA